AUGGCCGCUAGUAAACGAACCGACCACACAGCGUCUGACAGUCACCCCGGGCUCACGCGUUGUUUGCGGAUCCAGGACUAACAGAACACUCGCCUUUCCUCGGAUUCUUUUUCUACGACUCACACGUCGCCGCUCGGUGAUGUCACUUCUUACUCGACUUCAGCCUUGAAAGCCUCGAAGAACUCGCUCGCUCGGCUAGCUCCGCAGCUAGCCCGCUAGCGCUAGCUCUGCAAGAGAUUUUUUUUUUUUGCACAGACGCACUUUUAUGUCCUACGUGAUUCCCGAGACAGGAGAAUCAAGAAAGGGAACAGUAGUUCAUGGAAGACAAGAAAAAGAAGAAAGAAGAUAAGAAGAAAAGGGAAACCUCUCAGAAGGGGCCAGAACAAAAAAUCAAAGUGCCAGAAUCAGCCAAACCCUCCUGCUCCCAGCCGCUCGCCACCCCAGGCCCUGUGUCCCCCAGCCCUGGCCCCGCUGCCCCCUCAUCCCCCAGUCCUGGUGCCGCUGGGGUUUCUGCACAAGUUCCUACUGGUGGUGGGAACAAUGCAAAGCAGCGGACUGCUGUGGCCAACGGACAGCCCUCCUCCUCUCCCUCUGGAAGCCAGACCUCCCAGCAGCAGCGAUAUAUGUCCAGAGAGGUUCCACCAAGAUUUCGCAGCCAGCAGGACCACAAAGUGUUACUGAAGAGAGGCCAGCCACCGCUGUCCUCCAUGCUGCUGGGGGGAGGAGGAGGAGGAGGGGAGGGAGGCACAGGAGGCGGCAGUGGCUGGGCAGCCACCCCUCUUGUGUCCUCACAGGGAGCAGAUAACCCCAAUGCAAGCACAGCUGGAGGCACAGAUUCCAACCUGGGUUCAUCCUCCCCUUCACCCCCCAACUCAUCUUCAUUAUGUGUUGCUGCUCUGUCGUCUUCUUCUACUACUACUACUUCAACUUAUGCAAAUUCCACAUGGGGGUCGGGCUCUGGCAGCCAGUCCUCUUCUCAGGGCUGCGGGACGGUGAUUGUGGAUGGGACUGACCUGGAGGAUUGGCCAAGCAUCCUAGGCGGGGCCAAAUUGAGUUCUGACGUGGCUGGAGGAGGGGUGCAGGAGCAAGACUGCCCCGGUAACAACAACAGUAGUGCCUCAUGGAGUGAGAGAAGCAUCCAGCAGAAGGGAGGAACGGCAGGAGGAGGAGCAGGGAACAUGGACAAUCCUUCCCCACCUCGUUCUUCUCCUCCUCUUUCCUCCUCUUCCUCGCUUAAUGAAUGUGUUCAGUCAAGUGAUGUGUGGGGCUCUUCCACCUCCUCUCAGGUGGAGGCAGGGUUAGGAUCAGCAGCAUUUUACAAUUCCAAAGUCUCCCAUCUUCUACCUGGGCCCCAGGAGAGCCCUGUGGGUGGCAGCAGCAGUGUCCCUGGUGCCAAUUUUAACCCCAACAUGAACCCCUCUGCCUGGCCUGCCCUGGUGCAAGGUGGGACAUCAACUUCGGCUAGCGAAGGCCUUCCACUGCACUCGUCCAUUACUUCAGCUUCCUCGUUCUCUGCCAGCACCACCCCCAUCACCACUCAUUCUCUUUCAUCUGUGAAUCAAACUGGUCUUCAUCAGCAGCAUACUGAGAUAACUGUUCCGGCCAGAAGUGGAGAACCGCAGCACUUAGGAAACCCGGAGCUGGGUUCAAGUGGGGGAGCAAGAGGAGGAGCAGGACCAAAUCAAGAAGGUGGUGAUGAGAAAGGUUGUGGGGUCUCUAGUAUUGAGGAAGAAGGGAGUGGAAAUCUUUCUGGCUCCUCAUCUUCCUCCUUACCUGCCUCUUCUUCGUGGAGAUCCAUGCCACCAGUGUCCUCUGACCUCAGUUCAGGCGUGUCACCGGCCGAUGGGUGGGGUGGAGGAGGCACUGCAGCUCAGGGGCAGGAAGGGAAUGCGUGGGGCUUUAGUAGCCAGGGAGAGAAGGCAGGCUGGGGUAAGGGAAAUGACGGUGGUUCAAAUACCCCAGUGGUAUCUCAGGGAGCAUGGGAAGGAGGCAGUUCAGACGCAGAGUGGGCUGGAACAAGGGGCAGUGUAACUUUGACUAACUUAGCAAUAGGAAGUGGAAGAGCGGGAGAUGUGAGCAGCAGCAACAGCAGCAGUAGUGGAGGCAGUAUUGGGGGCAGUGUUCUGCAGGACUCUGCCGCACCAAAGUUUGAAACUAUGACAAAAGCUUGGGACAAUCAGACAGGGGUGGAGAGUGGCGACAAAGCAGUUUGUGAGUGGGGUGGAGGAGGAGGGGGAGGGGGGCAGCCGGAAGGCACUGGAGGUGGAGCACCUUCAUCCUCUAGCGGAGGAGGGUCCACAGCUGGAAGUGGUGGAGAAGGGGCUGGUGGCAGUCACAAGCAGGACCAAGCCUCACCUGUAGACAACCGCUCCCCCCAGACCUCCAAUGCUGAAGUGGCCUUACUUGGCAUGCUCAAUCGAUCUGACCUGGACCCCAGAGUACUGUCUAACAUGGGCUGGGGGCAGACCCAGAUUCGACAGAAUGUGGCCUGGGACAUGGACACCCCAGCAGCAGCAGCAGGAGGAGGAGGAAACCGGAAGCAAAGAAGUACUUCAUCUUCCUCUGCAUUCUCAUCAGCAACUAGUCGUGGUCCCGGGUACCCCUCUAAUACCAGUUCAGUAACUAAUGAUCCAUCCUCUGGCAGUCACACGGCCAUCCUAAACUCUGGGCCUGCUCCAGUGAAGGAUGGCUGCGAUGGUGAUGCCACACAGUCAACCUGUGGUACUCAUGUGCAUGGUAGCAUUAUAAGGAAGCCAGGACUGCCAGAAGAAGAUAUCAAGGGCAACCCAGGGAAGGCAGCUGGAGGCUGGGGUGAUCUUCCACCCGAAACCCAGGGCAAAGGAUGGGGGACUGACGAACAACCACAAUGGAGGGAUCACAGAGGAGGAGGGAACAGGAGAGACACUGGAAAUCAGGGUAGCGAGUGGACCGAUGGUCCAGAGGAAAAAGGGACAGGGGGAUGGAAGGGGACUGGAAGAGGGGAGACAGGUGGUUGGGGAGGACAGGCUGGAGGGGGAGGAGACUGGGGACAGAGGGACUCGAAGCCUGGAGGUGGGUGGGGAGAUGGGCGGGGAGAUGGGCGGGGAGAUGGGAGAGGAGAUGGGCGGGGAGAUGGGCGAGGCCGAGGUGGAAGCAACUCUGAUGAGGGAUCUUCCUGGGGUAAUAUGGAUGAGGGGGGGUCUCAGCGAGGAGGAUGGGAAGGGGGGGAUGGGGGUGCAAGCAAAUCCCACCAAGAUUGGGGGAGUGCCAAGCCCCACACAGCAGCAGCACAGAUACCAAACAGCCAAGUGGCACCAAUGAAAGCCCCAAAUCAACAGCAGCACCAAUCACAGGGCCAGCCGCCACCAGGAGGUCCCAUGCAAGGUGGGUGGAACAGCCGGUCCAAUGUUGGAGGGAGAGAUGGAGGUGGAGGUCCACCAUCCAAGAAUCAGAACCAAAGUGUGGGCUGGACCGCUGGCCCAAUCCCCCAAGUCUCUGGAGGUGGGGGGGAUGCCAUGGAGACCAGUGGCUGGGAAGAACCCUCCCCUCAGUCCAUCAGUCGUAAGAUGGAAAUCGAUGAUGGCACUUCUGCCUGGGGAGACCCUGUCCGCUACAAAAGCAAGAAUGUGAACUUGUGGGACAAGAACAGUGCUCCCCCCAGUCAAAGCCACGCUCAGCAGGCCCCCCCUCCAGGCAUGCAGCAGCAGCAGCAACCCCCCAGAAGGCAGCAAGCGAUGCAGCAAGGGAUGCAGCACAGCAGGGACGCUAACUCACGCAGUGCCGCAGCGGGUCCGGGUAUGUGGGGAGGAGGUGCACCAUCUGGGGAUAAUGGUAAUACUAACUGGGGCCAGGCGCCGGAUGCAACAACAGGCUGGGGGGAUCAAGAGGAACCCAGCAAACCUUCUGGCUGGGGGAACCCUCCACCCAACCCUGGUAAACCUGCAGGCCCCAAGUCGAUGGAAAGCUGGGGUGGGAAGGGAGAGCCCUCCGUUGCAGCCUCCCGUCACGCCAGCUGGGAUGAGGAAGACGAUGGUGGUGGAGGGGUCUGGAACAACACGACCAACCAGGGCAACAGCUCCUCCUACAACUCUGGAGGCUGGGGUCAGAGUCAUGGAGGCAAGAGAGGCAACAUGAAGAGUGGAGGUGGGGACAGCUGGAUGAACCCAGUUUCACGUCAGUUUUCAAACAUGGGUCUUCUGGGUGAUGAUCCAAGUGAUGACAAAAAGAUGGAAGGAGACAAGAGAGGAAUGAGCGACUAUAACGGAGAGAUGCGUAGGGGAGGAAGAGGCGGAGGAGGUUACCGCAUGCCUAGUUCCAAAGACAUGGGUCCCGGUGACAUGGGGCCGUAUGGAGAAAAGAUGGGUGGCCAUGGAGGGUUUGCUGGCAGUGGCGGAGGAAUGGCUCCACCUCGAGGGAUGCACCAACCGGGCAUGCAUCCGAUGAACCCCCAGGGGCUACGUGCUCAAGUGCCUCAUCAGUUCCUCUCUGCACAGGUGCCGGGUCCUAUGCUGAAGCAGAUGCCUUCUCCUGGUAGCAGUGUGGGUGGAGUGGUUGGUGGAGUGGGAGGUGUCGGCAGCGUCGGAAGUGUCGGUGGUGUUGGUGGAGGGGUGAUCCCUCCUCAACUUUCCCCACAGCAGCUAGCAAUGCUCAGCAACAUUUACCCCCAUGUGCAGCAGUUCCAUCUGGCUUGUCAGCUCCUUCUACAGCAGCAGCAGCAGCAGCAACAACAGCAGCUCCUGCAGAACCAGAGGAAGUUCCCUCAGCCUCAGCCUCUCAGGCAGCAGGCAGACCCACAGCAGCUGGCGAGGAUUAUGGCUAUUCUUCAGCAGCAGAGGCAGCAUCAGCAGGGUGGGGUUGGAGGAGCUGGAACAGGAGGACCGGGCUCCAAACUGUCCCCUUCUCACCUGGGAGCAGGCCUCUCCAAACAGCCCAUGGUUGACUCCCUUCAACAUCCUGGAAUGGGGGGGCCCUUAUCAGACCAUCAUGCCAAAUCACAAGGGAUGUACUCUGGGCUUGCCCCUGGUGGUAACAUGUCAGGGAUGGAGCUUGGUCCCAUGAUGGGAGGGAUGAAGGAAACCGGAGGACAGCAGUCCAGAUUCAAGUGGAUGAUGGAGGGACACUCCCCAGCGCCCUCUCCCCCCAACCCAAGCCUUCAUAAGAACGGCCCGUUACCCAGUUCUCUUAAGGUGAGAGGAGGAUCCCCUUACUCCCAGUAUGAAAUGCUGGGCGGUGAUGGUUUAGGGAUUCCCCCACAGGGCCCUGCAGACAACUGGCAUCGAACUCCCGGCAGUAAAAUGGGGAACAAACCUGCCAUAUCCAGCUGGCCUCCAGAGUUCCAGCCUGGGGUGCCCUGGAAGGGAAUCCAGAGUGGUGGAGACCCAGAGUCUGACCCCUACAUGACUCCUGGUAGUGUUCUUGGCUCCCCAGGACCCCCAAGCCUCAACGACUCUGACCACCAGUUACUACGAGACAACAUAGGGCCAAACCCUUCCCUCAACACCUCGCUGCCUUCACCUGGUGCCUGGCCCUACAGUGCCUCAGACAGCCUGCUCAGCAAUGCACACAGCACAGGAAAGUACUCGGAGUACAAGCCCAGCUGGCCCCCAGAGCCCAUCGGACAAAACAAGUUUUGGAAAACCAAUCGCAACAGCUCUCAUCUGCCACGCCCCCCUCCUGGCUUAACUAAUCAGAAGCAGGCCUCGCCCUCCCCAUGGGGCAGUGGGGGCCCACGGUUGGCCCGGAGCUGGGGAGGAGGUGGGAUGAAUCAAGAGUCGAGAUAUGGGCCAGGCUCAGCUUGGAGCGAUGGCACGGCCUCCAGAGGCAGCUGCUGGUUGCUGCUGAGUAACCUGACCCCGCAGAUCGAUGGCUCCACACUGAGGACUAUCUGCAUGCAGCAUGGCCCCCUGCUGACGUUCCAUCUUGGCCUGACCCAGGGCAGCGCUCUGAUUCGCUACAGCAGCCGGCAGGAAGCAGCCAAGGCCCAGGGUGCACUACACAUGUGUGUUUUGGGCAACACCACAAUCCUGGCGGAGUUUGUGAGUGAGGAGGAAGUUGCUCGCUAUUUUGCACAUUCCCAGGCCGGAGGGACAGAGGGGGCCGGCUCAGGAGGGCCCCCGGCCAGUGGAAUGCAGGGCUCGUCUGGUACAGGCACCUCUGUGGCCAACAGUGGUGGUAGCUCCCCCGGGAGUGAGCGGGCACCAGCGGGUACAACUUCAGGUGGAAAUGGAAAUGGAGGAGGCGGGGAAGGUGGAACAGCGGGUCUAGGUAGUGUGAGGUCCUCCGGGUCUGGCUGGCAAAGUCUCGAUGGUACUGGCAGUUCUUCAGACACCUCUUCAGCCCAAGGACCCGGGCUAGGGAUAUUUUCCCAGUGGAGCACGAAUGGGUCAGGGGAGGGAGGAGGUGUCGGGGGAGGUGAGGGUGGGAGGUCUGGCCUCUGGGGUGGCAUGACUGCCGGAUACCCCAGCAGCAGCAUGUGGGGGGCACCACAAAUGGAGGAAAGGCACCAAAUGGACAGCCCUGCUGCAUUGUUGCCUGGUGACCUGCUGGGGGGAGGAGCUGACUCCAUCUGAUGAGGCCCCUCCAUUUGUAUGUGUAGGUUUGGACACACUGAUACAACAUACACUGGGUUACAUAUGUACUUACUAUAGCACACACACACAAACACAUUUACAUGGUAUGCAUAUUAAUUAAUGUACUACACAUAUACCACAUGUGCAUACAUAUACUCAGUAUGCAUAUUGACCUGCACACACAUAAAGCAGAAAUGUGAGACAUGCUUACACACAUUCUUGUGGCCAGACUUAAGCUAUUAUAUAAACAAAUGCAGGGACUGUUAGAUGUGUAUACAGCCUUUUUCCACAGAUGAAGAUUUCAACUGCUUAGACUUGAAACCUGAAAAAGAAUGAAAAGUCAGUUGGUCUGAAAGACUUGACUGGAUUGCAAUGUGCUUAGUAAAUAGGGGACUUUUCAACAGAUUUACAUACACAUGCACACACCAAAUACAGACAAGCCUUCAGACAGUUGGGCACUGUACACAGCAUUACCUUCAUCGUAUAAGAGAACUUAAAACUACUACAUGAUGUGAGGUUAAAGUGCAGUUUGUAUUCGUGUCCCCUUAAAGACGGAGACGGAGUCCAAACACAUGCAAACAGCUCUGACUGACAGCAGAACUGUAUCUUACUGUGUAUGUUCAGUUUAUUAUAUUUUUUUUUCUCCGUUUGUUUGUAUGUAUGGUUUUAAUUUUUUGAACAGUGAAAAUAUUGAAAAAUGUCAUUGUUCUGUUUUCAAAAUGCUGACCUCCUACUGUUGUAUCUCACGCACUCUUUCUCUGUUAUACUCUCUUGAACAUGUUUGUUACUGUUGCAGUGAUAAAUGUUAAAUUGCUGGCAGUUUGCGGCUAUGUUGCAUUUCUCCACGUGUCGAUGCUGCGCGCAGUAUCAUUCACACGAUAUUGACAUGUGUAUGAGUGAGACUGAGACCAAGUAAGUGGAUUACACCACCGCAGUUUGUGUGUGUGUGUGUGUGCGUGUGAAUGUGAGAAAAAUGUGUGUGUGCAUGUUAAUGCCUGUCGUUAUGUGGGCAAGGCUGCUUACUAUACAGAAGGUCUAUACAAAAAUGUUUUUUGAGUGCUAUCGGUAUACUGCUGACUGUGUUAAGAAAUAUUGGCACUAAUGCUUUUUUUUCUCAUUUGAAGUUGUUUGUUUUUUUAGCAGACUUGUCUUUUUUAUUGUCCGACCUGCAAUAAUAAAAAAAAAAGAACAUUUUAAUGACACAAAGAGCUGAAGGCAUAAGAGUUGAGAAAACGGACAUGCCAAAUCUUAUCACCUGUGUGGAGUGGGAGGGAAGGGUGGGACGGGUUGUUUACAGAUGCAGAGUAAGAGUUACCGUACGUUUUUAAUAUUCUGUUGUGUAUUCGUUUUAAAUUAAGACAGGCUUUAACACUCCUGUUCAGUGUUUUCGUUUUGAGAUUUUACAAAGGAAAAAAUUUAUUUAAACAAUGAGAACAAGAUUAAUAAAGAUGAAAGUAUUGGCUUCUA